AUGUCUUCUCAAAAAAACUAAGUUGUCUACUAAAAUAAAUUCUCAGCUCCUGAAUAAAUUGGUAUUAAUAUUAAAAAAUCUAUUGCAAAACUGAAUAAAUCUAAGAGUAAAAAAUUUAAACAAAUUCCUUUCGUGAUUGCUCCUAUUACCUAUAAUAAAUUUAUCUUUGAUGAUAAAUUUAUGAUUUUUGGAUUCCUCUAGAUUGAAACCAAUUACAGAGAUUAUUAGAGCCCAUUUGACUAAGAUCUCGUUCCUUUGUAUGAAUAAGCAUUCUCUAUAAGCUCAACUGUUAUGAACUACGAAAAGAAAAGAGUUGAAUUAAAUCUUGAGACUAAACUUUAAAGCGGCUUGAAAGAUUUUAACUUCCUCAUAGAUUACUUUUCUAAUAUACCUAAUUAAGAUUAUCAGUACUUAGGCUAAUUGCUCUCAUCUUAUUAAUAUUAAUGCAAUUAAAAUAUUUCUCAUUACAAGGACAUUUAAUACAGAUUGAUGUCUAGAAUAAUUAAUGAAGAAGAUAUUUUACAAUCUUAAAGAGAUUAUGAAUAAUAUUUAAAUGAGCAUCUUAAGAAAAAUUAUAAAGAUUCAGAUUUCUUAAUUGUAAAAAUUUGCGGUGUUAACUAUGAAAAUUAAGACAUGGAUAUUAAAAAAUACUACAUUUCUGAUUCAUUAGUUAACUUUAUGGGAAUAGAUAUUAGAAAGGUAUCUAAAUAAAAACUACUAGAAACAUUAAUGAAAGAAACCAGAACUCAAGGACAUCAAAGACUUAAAAGGACCAUUGAAAGAUUAUAACUUCUCUAAGAUGGUUAUGUUUCUUAUUAAUAACCAAUUCUAACUACAGAUGGUAUAUAAUGCAUUUCAAAUAUGAACAUCGAAAUAGUGGAAUGGCCAUAAAGACCUGAAUAUAUUGGUAAAAGAGAUAUUUAUGCCUAAAUUACAAAAAUUGAGUUAAGUUAAGAAUAACUUUAGCUCAUUUUUGAAACUAGAGAAUCUUAAAAUCAAUAAAAAAAUCAUUAAUACUCUAAUUUAUUUGAUUAAUUUCAAAACGAAGUGCAUUCAGAAAUGUUUUUAGAAAAGUUCUAUCCUCUUGCUUAAGAUAGCUCAUGA